AUGCACUUGAGUCCCAACCAGCAAUAUGCCCACACGAUAGAAUCAACCUUGGGAGACUUUGGCGCUGCCAUCGAUGUUCUGGACCCCCAAACCAUUGAUUUUUUGCUUACGGAAACGGAGGAACUGCUCGUAGAAGAAAUCGUGGUUCCCACUGAAAAUGUUAUUCGAGUACUUCUUACUCUCAGUUGCCGACUCCCAGCCAUUUUCUCUCGUGCUGAGGGAAACGAUAUCACAAGAAUGUUGCAAAAUGCUUUACAUCAACCCAGACAAAUAAUAUCUCAUCCAGUUGCAAGUUAUAAUCAGCGAGCCGAACUUAUACUACGGAGAUUGUGUGGAAUUGUGUCGUCCACUUACACUGAUAAACCCCAGAUCUACCAAGCUGUGUAUUCCACGCUAAUGAAUGUAAUGGCAGACUUUACCUCAACAAAACGAACCAUAAACCAAUUUGAGUUUGUUAGUGACUCAGAAGAAGAGCUCUUACUUUCAGCAGUGGUCGAUGAACAUAAGAAGCGAAGCAUUGUGGUUUCUCCAAGUAAGAAACCACGCAGUAGAAACUUCAAGAAAAAGAGUUACAUUCCAGCAGAUAUGAGGAUCUUUAAUGAGCCUGUUAUAACCACUGCUGUAUGUCCUUCCAAGUCAAGUCCUUAUAACUUGUGGAGCUUGAUGGAGUGGACGUUUUAUUGCUGCUCAAAGUCUUCGACUGUCCAAGAAAAAUCCAUAGAACUGUCUUGCUUCCAUGACUUGUACCAGGGAUACAGUAGGUUUUUGCUGGUUUUAUGGCGGGUGGUGACGAUUAACUUUGUCAAUGUCAUUGAUCUGCUCAUGAACGACGGAAGAGGUAACCACAACGAGCUUGUACAUAUGUUUUUCUACAGCAGUGAGUCGAAGCAGAACGAGAUAAUAUCUGCUUUGGAAGACCCAUCUUUGUUCAUUUUGAGGGCACUAAUGACCCAGGUUUCGGGAGAUAAAGAAGAAUGGUACAAGCGAAUAACCUCGGUGGUUUUCUAUGGAAUAGAAGAGCAAAAAAUACCCACGAGCCCGUACGCAAGUGAUCGACAUUUGAUCAGGAAAAGUAAUAUUCCGUGCCCUAAACAAAGUGAUAGGUGUGAUUCCUCAAAUGAUAUGGUUGAAUCUAUGAGUUUGAGGUUUGAGAUCUUGUCGCUUGUAUACUACAAUGGGUUAUUUUUUGAUAAAGGCGAUGCUUUCUUGGGUCUGAGUGAAGUGGAUCCUCAAGACUACGAUCUUGUUACCAGAAUUCUAGUACAAGAAAUGGCGAAACGGCUCUGUAAGUUCAGCUACAGGUACUUUAAGCUGUUCUUCGAGGCUUCAUUGAUUUCAAAUGAAAUGUCCAUUUUUCAAGUUCCAGCCAAUCACUGCAGUCGUAUGAUGAUGGAACUUGCUCGCGAGCUUGUGGAUACACUCACAGGUCGCUAUGGUAUCGAUUUGGAUGUCAGACCAGGCGCUUCGCAGUUUCCAUGGGAAGUUCAAUUUGCUCAAGAAAUGGUGUCGAUAAUUGGCCAAAAAGCUUUGUAUGAGAUGAUUGUUCAGGAGAGCGGCAGUAAUGGUGGGUUAGAGGAAGCGUGGUGCAAGGCGACUUUUUUGCUUGGUUGGUUACUAGACAUGGCAUUUACCGAGUUGCAACUGAAUUCUCAACAUGGCGAUUUUUUGCAGCAUUUGUGUGAAGGUGUAGAGCAAGCUGACGCCGUAAGUGCAAAACUGUGGAGGCAGGCUUGCCAAAAGGACGAAUUACCAUUUGUAAAGUAUGGAGAUAUUUUUCGUAGCAGGUUUCCUAUUUAA